UGACAAACAUGAUCCAAAUAUGUCGACAUUUCUAAACCCACUUAUCGAAAAGCUGAAUGUUCUAAACGCUGGUGGAAUAAACGUGCCAGAUAGYGCAGAUGGAAAUAUCAACGUACGAGGCAUGUUGUUUGUAACAACGGCUGAUUUACCUGCUAGAGCAGAUUUAAUGAACAUGAAGCAAUACAAUGGCAAAUGUGGUUGUCACCUUUGCAAGUCAGAAGGACAAGGUUAUGGGCCAAACAAUAUUCACCGAUACUGGCCUUAUCAAGCKAACAUUGAAAAAAGGAUCCAUGAAGAUCAACAGAAAUAUGCCGCUGAAGCUACAAUUAAACAGCCAGUGAUGGGAGUCAAAGGUCAUUGUAUUUUUUCUAAGCUAUCGUACAGUUUUGAUUUAGUAAGAUCAUUUGCAAUUGACUGGAUGCAUUGCGUUUGUCUGGGUGUUGUGAAGUAUAUAAUGCAGCUUCAAAUGUCAAUAGUCAAUAAAGGAAAACUUUUCUAUAUUGGCGGAAAUAAAACAUCGAUUUCAAAUAAAAUCUUGGCAAUAAAACCGCCUGACAUUGUUGGAYGAAUGCCCAGAACAUUGGAAGACCUCAAGCACUGGAAAGCUACAGAACUCUUAAAAGAACUGGUUGCUUCACUAUUCUAUAACAGUUUUGUACAAAGAACUCGAUGCUUUGUACGUUUUUCACUGGUCUCUUCUAGUUGGUGCAAUAGGAAUCUUAUGUUCUGAUUCAAUAACGAGUGA